GACGGAUUGCUCGGCGAAUUUAUAUCUCUUCAGAACCGUUUUAAUUUCUUGCGGACCGUGGCCGAACCUACGUUACGAUGAAGCAGUUCAACUUUAAGGGUUUGAUGGCUCCCGUUUUCACACCUUACUUGAAUGGAUGUGAAGAGAUAAACCUCGACGCUAUUGAACCGUACGUUCUCAUGCUAAAGGCAAAGAACGUAGGCGGAAUCCUUGUCAACGGUACCUCCGGCGAGGGAAUGCUGCUGAGCGUCGGGGAACGCAUCGCUGUGACGGAGGCUUGGCAACGAUCGUGCCGAAAGCAUGGCAUAACGAUGAUGGUGCAAAUCGGAGGGGCACCGUUUCCGGAUGUAGUGCAGUUGGCCACACACGCUGCAAAGAUCGACGCCGAUGCCGUUCUUUGUCUACCGGAAUUGUACUUCAAGCCCAAGACUAGCGAAUCGUUAGUAUCUUUCUUGGGAGCAGUGGCAAAGCAUUGCCCAACCAUCCCAUUUUUCUAUUACCACAUUCCGAUGUUCACCGAUGUAAACGUUCACAUGCCAACGUUCCUUGAUUUGGCCGAAAAAAAGAUAGCCAAUUUUCGAGGCAUUAAGUAUACGAGCGGAGAUCUCGACCAAGGCAGCGCUUGCUUGAAGGAGGGUCGUCAAAUCUUUCUAGGAGCCGAUACCAUCUUGUGCGGGGCUGUGGCUGCGGGUUUCGAUUGUUUCAUUAUGACCACCAUCAAUAUCUGUCCGGAAAUGGCCUUUAAAAUCAUAGCUGAAACAAAUCGCGGGGCCUUAGAUGCAGCUCGGAAGGAACAACGGGCUCUUAACGAGCGCAUUUCAGUCAUUCUGCAGCAAGGCGACUGGGUAACGGCCAUGAAGAAAGCAUUUGCGGAAAGUUUUCCUACGAUUGCGAUCGGUCAGACGCGUCCUCCGCUUAGCUACGCAAAGUGAGUGGGGAGUGUAACAGCUCAGAAUGCUUCUUUAUUGAAACAGAAAGUUAACA